ACUGUGUGAGUUGAAGUCCAGAUGGAACAGGACAUGAGCUACAUCACUGUCUGCUUUUAGCAGACCUUCCAGUUGACAUUUAACUUAAAAAUGGAGCGAAGUGUAAUAGCUAGCAAUGAAGAACUCUUUAAUUUUGUUUAGAAAAAAAAGCACAGAACUGUUUAGAUAUGCUAACGACUUGAGGGUUGUGGGUUUUAUUUUUUAGCGGGAGGGAAGGUUUUGACUUCAUUGUGGUGGAGCCAUUUGAAGCUAGUGUCUAAAAGGGAUGGUAUUGCUGAUGCCACACAGUAUAAUACAGUCCAGGGAUUUCCAAUGGUGAUAAGGACAUGGGACUCCUUCCAGAUUCCAGAUGGUUCAUCACAACUGACAUCUUGGUUGACGACUGUGAAAAAGAUCCUUGGAUUAUUUUAUUUCAUUUUCGUGGGAGACCACAGUCACAGAUCUACAGGAUACAACAGGCUCCGUAUUUUCUUUAGAUUUUUAAAAUAACCCUUUCUAAUGAGGAUGACUGAUACUGUUACUGUAAAGGAGGAAAGUGAUACAAUGAAAGGUUCAGAAGCAGAAGUAAAAGACAAUACUGCAGUGGAACACUUCAUGAAAUCAGAAAGCCAUGAGCAAAUUCAAGCAGAAAAAGAUGAAAGGUGUACUGAUAAUAAAAACGAUGUGCAGCGGCCAGCGCAGUCUUUUGGACAGACAGGAAAAAGGUCAAAGUCAAGUACAAAGUUAAAGCUAGUUCGGAGCCUUGCUGUGUGUGAAGAAUCUCCUCCACCUCCCACAGCUGAAAUUUCACAGGACAUCCAGGAGAAAGUUCAGAUCCAGCUUAUACAAUCUUUUGAAAAGGAAGAGAAGCCCUUGAAAGAUGAAACUGAAAAAGAAAAAACCACUGAUAAAUUACCCAGGAAAAUGUUAUCGAGAGAUUCUAGCCAAGAAUAUACAGAUUCAACUGGUAUAGAUCUACAUGAAUUUUUAGUAAAUACGUUGAAAAACAAUCCCAGGGACAGAAUGAUGCUGCUGAAAUUAGAACAGGAAAUCUUAGAUUUCAUUGGUAAUAACGAAAUCCCACGAAAGAAAUUCCCACCCAUGACCUCUUACCAUAGAAUGUUAUUGCACAGAGUGGCUGCUUACUUUGGACUGGAGCACAAUGUGGACCAGAGUGGGAAGUCAGUUAUAGUAAAUAAAACCAGCAAUACAAGAAUACCUGACCAGAAGUUUUGUGAACAUAUAAGAGAUGAUAAAGGUGAAGAUUUUCAAAAGCGGUACAUCCUUAAAAGAGAGAACUCUAGUCUAGACAAAGAUGACAACCAGAUGCGAAUACGAUUAAAAGAUGACAGAAGAAGCAAAUCUAUAGAAGAGCGAGAAGAAGAGUACCAGAGAGCUCGAGAACGAAUAUUUGCACAAGAUUCGCUGUGUUCCCAAGAGAAUUACAUUAUUGACAAAAGAAUCCAAGAGGAAGAAGCCAAUAGUACCCAGCAAAGGCGGCAGAUAUUUAGGGUCAAUAAGGAUGCUUCAGGGAGGUCAACCAACAGCCUUCAAAGCAGUACAGACAACGAGCUAAAGUAUUCCGAACCCCGUCCAUGGAGCAGCACUGACUCUGACAGCUCCCUUCGCAAUUUGAAGCCAGCUGUGACCAAAGCCAGCAGUUUCAGCGGGAUCUCUGUUCUGACAAGAGGUGAUAGCACUGGGAGCAGUAAAAGCACUGGCAGGCUGUCUAAGACAGGUUCAGAGUCUUCUAGUAGUGUAGGGUCAUCCACAGGUUCUCUUUCUCACACCCAGCAGCCUCUUCCAGUCACAGCUCCCAACCAGCCUUCUCAUGGCACAUCUGCCGUCUAUCCAACUGUCAGCACUAGUAGUUCUCUUUCCUUUGACGGUGGCAUAAGUGGGCAAGUGGCGCCUUCUAGCAGUAGCUUCUUUUUGCUUCCCUUGGAAGCGGCAGGCAUACCACCUGGAAGUAUUCUGAUCAACCCUCAAACAGGUCAGCCAUUCAUUAAUCCAGAUGGCACUCCAGUUGUGUAUAAUCCUCCUAUGCCUCAGCAACCUGUUAGAAACCAAGUGCCUGGACCUCCUCAGCAGCCUCCUCCUCCUCCCAUACCACCUCAGCAACAGCCAGCAACCAAUCACAUCCUAACACAGCCUAUCCGACCUCUUCAGCCUUCUUCACAGCCUGUUCAAUUCUCCACAGUCACUUAUCCACCCCCGCUCCUGCCAGUCUCAUCUACCCAGCAAUAUACUGUGCAAGACAACCUUGGAUCCCAAUUUAGCCAUAUGAGUCUCUCCCGACAGCCAUCUGGGGAAGCUGCUGAUCCUCAUGCCACCAUGUUCCAGUCCACGGUUGUCCUUCAGCCCCCGCAGCAAUCUGGUUUCAUCAUAGCAACUGCCCCACCUCCUCCCCCACCCCCUCCCCCACCCCCUGGUCAACCUGUUCCUACUCCUAAUUAUAGUUCGUCCAGCCACCCUGUCAACCAGCAAGUUCUUCAGCAACAGGGAUAUAUGCAGCAACCAAUGCCACAGAUGCCAGCCUGUUACUGUGCUCCAGGCCAGUAUCCACACUCCAGUCAACAGUAUCGGCCAGUUACUUCUGUUCAUUACAACACACAGCAAAACCAGCCACUGCCACAGCCUGCACAGCAGACAGGUUACCAAGUUAUGCCUAACCAGCAGCAAAACUACCAGGGUUUAGUUGGCGUCCAGCAAUCUCAAAACCAAAACCUAGUCGGGGGUCAACCCAAUAAUAUUGGAAACCAGAUCCAAGGUGUACUUGUCCCAUAUCCUCCUGUGCCAUCUUAUCAAGUUUCAAUGGCUCAAGGUUCCCAAGGAAUGUCCCAGCAGACAUAUCAGCAGCCAGUCGUUAUUCCCAGUCAGUCUAACCAAGGACUACCCACAUCAGGAAUGCCAGUUUACUACAGUGUCAUUCCAUCUGGACAGCAAAAUAAUUUAAGCUCUUCAGUAGCAUAUCUUCAGCCUCCAGGAUCAGAGCAGAUACAGUUUCCUAGAACAACAUCGCCCUGCAACUCACAGCAGCUCCAAGGACAACAGUGUGCAGCAGUAGCACCACCACCAGGUGGAGGAAUGGUAAUGAUGCAGCUCAAUAUACCCAACAAUCCUCAGCCUCGACCCCAUUCCCCUCCCCAAUGGAAACAAAAUAAAUACUAUUGUGACCAUCAGAGAGGACAGAAAUCAACAGAUUUUGGCACUUUGGACGGCUGUACGCAGUUGCAGCAUAGUCCACAAAUAGGUAGCCCUGUCACCUCACCAGCCCAGUCGCCAGCACCAACUCAGCUGUCAAACAUGAAGAACAUCCGUCCCACAUUAACAUCUCUUCCUCUUGUGCCCCCAUUCUCUAGACCUUUUGUCCCCGGACAAGGAGAUGCCAGAUAUCCCUUACUGGGACAGCCGUUGCAGUACAAUCCUCCAUCUCUGCUACAUGGCCACGUAGCAGGUCCACAGUGUCAGCCUGGAAGCAGACAUGGGAACAGAGGAAGAAAACCAGCCAAGAAGGCUGCUUCAACAGACCUUGGUGCAGGAGAACCAGUCGUAGGAAAAGUCUUAGAAAUUACUGAAUUGCCAGAAGGAAUAACUCGUGCAGAAGCUGAAAAGUUAUUUGUGGAACUUCUUAAAGUUGGUGCCAAGAUUCGGUGGCUACGGGAUCCCCAGUCUCUACAGGUGCAACAGCAACACCACCAUCACUACUGUGGUAGUGGAGAUAGUAAUGUGAACGCUGAAGCUUCCAAACUUAAUGACUUGGCAUCUACAUACACGGUUCUAGCGACAUUUCCAUCCAUGUCAGCAGCCCAAAAUGCAUUGAAGAAACAAAGUAACUCACUGAACAAGUUUAGGCUGAGAACAAGCAAGAAGCACUAUGACUUUCACAUUCUGGAAAGGGCUAGUUCUCAGUAACAGCUACGCCAUUGAACAUUCAGCCUUUAUUACUUCCAUGUCCUUAUCUCCUCUACUUGAUUGGCUUGAUGUUUAUGGGUUUUUUGUUGUCUUCAUAAAGACUCCUUGGAUGUCAUACAACAGUAAAGCCUUUGAAGAAUAAACCCAGUGAUCCUGGCAGAAGAUGCAGAAAAAAACAUGCAGUUAAAUAAUCAACUUAAAACAAAACAAAAUACUGCUGUGAUGUGAAACGGACAGGCUGCCUUCUCUGAAGAAUGCUGUUAAAAUGCCCCUUUUGUAGUAGUUUCGUUUUAUAUUUCUGAAUUCUUGUAUCAGAUCCAAAGCUCUGUUGUACAGCAAACUUUUGUUCAUAAGGAAUAUCCAUAUUCUUACCUGUAUUUUGUAAUCCCUUUGCACACAGCCAGCACACUUCUGUCAGUUUAAGGGCAGUUCUGGGGUUGGGAGGGAAAAAGAGAAGAGUACCUAAGGAAUUACACUGUGUUUCUAGCCCAAUAUGUAAAGGGCAAGGAAGGUAGCAUAUUUCUCUUCCCUUCUCUUCCUCUUCCAAGAUAACAGAGUCCAACAAUAACUACUGAAGACCUUCUCCAGUCCUUCCCUUUCUAGAUUUACUUAAGCGAACAGUAACUGCCAUUAAAUUAUAUUCUUCAGCAGCUUGUUUCUGUUCCAAUAGGAUAAAUAUUAAAAAGGAAGAAACGAACACUGCAGAUAAUUUUAACUGGAGCCCAUUGGUUUUCCAUAAACAGUGAGGAAAUUAAAUGUGACUCCCCAAAUGGCAAAAAGUUUGCACUUUAAUUGUGUUCCCAUCAAGAUGUUUUUUUUUCCUUUACUUUUUUUCUUUUCUUUUUUUACUGUAAGAGUAAUCGCAUUUGAUAAGUGCUGGAAACUUCUUAAGUGGUUUAAAUAUGUUUUUUCAUCAUUUGUAGAGGAUCACUGGACAUCAAAUGAUUCAUUGCACAUAUAAAGGAGACACCUUUUUCAAUUUCUGUAUAAUUUGCAAGGCUGUACAAUGUGUGCUGAUGCAAGCCUUUCUUCAGUUUGAAAAAAAAUAAAUGUUUACAAGUAUACA